GAUGUCUGCUAUGAAAAAGGUCCAUACUACCCACACAGGUGGAGUUAAUUAUACAACCAAUACUGCCCACACAGGUGGGUUUAAUUAUACAACCAAUACUACCCACACAGGUGGAGUUAAUUAUACAACCAAUACUACCCACACAAGUGGAGUUAAUUAUACAACCAAUACUACCCACACAAGUGGAGUUAAUUAUACAACCAAUACUACCCACACAGGUGGAGUUAAUUAUACAACCAAUACUACCCACACAGGUGGAGUUAAUUAUACAACCAAUACUACCCACAGAGGUGGAGUUAAUUAUACAACCAAUACUACCCACACAGGUGGGUUUAAUUAUAAAACCAAUUCUACCCACAGAGGUGGAGUUAAUUAUACAACCAAUACUGCCCACACAAGUGGAGUUAAUUAUACAACCAAUACUACCCACACAGGUGGAGUUAAUUAUACAACCAAUACUACCCACACAGGUGGAGUUAAUUAUACAACCAAUACUACCCACACAGGUGGGUUUAAUUAUAAAACCAAUACUACCCACACAGGUGGGUUUAAUUAUACAACCAAUACUACCCACACAGGUGGGUUUAAUUAUAAAACCAAUACUACCCACACAGGUGGGUUUAAUUAUACAACCAAUACUACCCACAGAGGUGGAGUUAAUUAUACAACCAAUACUACCCACACAGGUGGGUUUAAUUAUAAAACCAAUACUACCCACACAGGUGGGUUUAAUUAUACAACCAAUACUACCCACACAGGUGGAGUUAAUUAUACAACCAAUACUACCCACACAGGUGGGUUUAAUUAUAAAACCAAUACUACCCACAGAGGUGGAGUUAAUUAUACAACCAAUACUACCCACACAGGUGGGUUUAAUUAUAAAACCAAUACUACCCACAGAGGUGGAGUUAAUUAUACAACCAAUACUACCCACACAGGUGGAGUUAAUUAUACAACCAAUACUACCCACACAGGUGGGUUUAAUUAUAAAACCAAUACUACCCACAGAGGUGGAGUUAAUUAUACAACCAAUACUACCCCCAAAGGUGGGUUUAAUUAUACAACCAAUACUACCCACACAGGUAGAGUUAAUUAUACAACCAAUACUACCCACACAGGUGGGUUUAAUUAUAGAACCAAUACUACCCACAAAGGUGGGUUUAAUUAUACAACCAAUACUACCCACACAGGUGGGUUUAAAGGUCCCAUGGCAUGAAAAUGUCACUUUAUGAGGUUUUUUAACAUUAAUAUGCGUUCCC